GAUGCCACCCUGAUAAAACAGAGAAAGAUUUGAAAUACUUUCAAACACUCAAAGAUAAAUUUCAGAAGUGACCUACACUGGACAGAAUGUUCGCUUCGACGUCACAAAGAAAUGAUGAUGGUUUGCGGGCGUCUUACAAUAUCUCUAUAGCAAAGUCCGGAAAACCGCAUACUAUCGGAGAGAAGUUAAUUUUUCCAGCCAUUGAAGAGGUUUUAAAAACUGUUUUACACAAACCUGCAUCUGAUAUCAUUAAAAGAAUUCCCUUAAGCAACAAUACUGUUGAAAGACGUAUUGAUGAAAUUAGUUCUGAUAUUGAAAGCUUCUUAUGUAAUUAUUUACAAACGACCCAUUUCUCUAUACAACUGGACGAGUCAACUUUACCUGAUAAUGCAGCAUUAUUAUUGGCAUAUGUUCGUUUUAUUAUGAAUCAAGAAAUCUACGAAGAACUGCUCUUCGCAAGAACUUUGAUAACCGACACUAAAGAUUUUGAAUCUAGGCUUGAGGAUAUUUUGACUAUGGUAAUACCACCAUGGAUAAUUAAUCCAUAUGGUGACAUAGAAGAAACAAAUGUCAUAAUACAAGAGGAACUGACUGAAAUAAGUACCAACGGAGAACUUAAGGUUCAGUUUAAAAAGGGAUAUCAGCAAUUCUGGCUGCAAAACAACAUACCCGUUACUUAUCCCGAUUACUUUAUUGAAAAAGCAAUUCCUUUAUCAAAUAUAAUAUCAGUAGCUACAGAUGGAGCACCUGCCAUGGUUGGACGUUAUCGCGGAUUUAUAAGCUAUUUAAAACAAAAUGUGUCAGGGGUGUUAGCAAUACAUUGCGUCAUCCAUCGACAACAUUUAGUUGCUAAAAAUUUGAGUGUUAGAUUGCAUGAAUCACUUCAUUUAGUCAUUGAUGCAGUAAACCGAAUCCGAAGCAACGCGUUGAAUACGCGGUUAUUUACGCAGUUGUGUGAAGAAAAUGACGAACACUUUCAUCAAUUACUCCUUCACACUGAAGUACGCUGGCUGUCGAAAGGCUUAUGUUUGACAAGAUUUUUUGCACUUUUUGAGACUAUUUUUGAGUUUCUGGAAUACUAA